UCUUUCUCUGGCGGCAACCAUGGUGGAUUGGGCAACACUUCCGAAUGAUAUGUUAGUUUUGAUUUCAAAAUCUCUAGAAUCUUCCUUUGAUCUCGUCAAAUUCCGAUCCGUAUGCUCUUCAUGGAGAAAGGCAGCCGCCGAGCCGAAACGCCGCCUUCUCCCGUUACAGGACUUUCCGAUCACCCCCGGUAAUGGUGGCAGCCUCUUCCCUGAUUCCGCCUUAGGCUUUCGCCUCUCGCAGCGGAUUAUCUUACUUAUCAAGCCUCAUCAUGAACAGGCGGAUUCGAUUAAACGGUUGUCAAAUGUGUCUGGGAAAUUAGCUGUGUUUACUUCUUGGGAUCAAGCAUGGACUGUGAUCAAUGAAGAUGGUUGUUUUUGUGAUGUGAUUUUGUUCCAUGGAUGUUUCUUCGCCGUCGAGGAUGAUGGGAGGACUGUGGUUGUUGAUUUUUCUUCUAUGAAAUUGACAAUGGUCGCAAGUCCUGUGUUUGGUGGUGAGAAGAAGGUUUUGGUUGAAUCCUGUGGUGACUUGUUGCUUGUCGAUAUGUACUUGGGCAUAAAAUUUGAUGCAAUAUCUCUUUGGAACUUCGAGGAAGAGGAUUACAUGGAGCACAAUGGGGUUUUUGGUAAUGAGAUAACACACAAAAUCAAAGUCUUUAAACUUGUGGAAAGAGAGAAGAGUUGGGUUGAGGUUAAGGAUCUUGGGGAUAAAAUAUUGUUCCUUGGUGAUGAAUCCACAUUUUCAGCUUCAGCUUCUGAUAUCUUACCUCUUUAUGGAGGAAGUGUGUUUUUUCACGGUUUCGUCUUUGAUUGGGAAGACUUGGACACGAUGGAUUAUAAAGAUUUGGGAGUGUGUGAAUUUACGUCUGGGGAAAUAAAAAUAGUGCGCCAACACCCUGAAUAUGCCAAGCUGUUUUGGCCUCCGCCUCCCUGGAUUACUUCUCCUAAGGUCAGUGAUUUCCAUUCUCUCAUACUGUUUUUCUAGUAGCGUUUGCAUAUUUUUGUGUAUACAAAACCUUACAAUUUCAUCUAGUGGCUAUGGAAACUCAGCGACAUUAUCCUUGUAUCAGUUAAUUUAUCUCCUCAUCUAUGACAUAGUCUCUGAAAACGCAUUUGGUUUCUUGUUAGUUUCAUGACCGCUGGUUGUCCCUAA